AUCCAGAGCGAAAUUACCGUUUGGCCCUCCCAUGGCGUAUUCUUUCCCGGAGGAGGUUCUGGAACACGUCUUUUCGUUCUUGAGCUCCGACAGAGACCGGAACGCGGUUUCUCUGGUGUGCAAAUCCUGGUACGAGAUCGAGCGGUGGUGUCGACGCCGUGUUUUUAUCGGAAACUGCUACGCCGUCUCGCCGGACAUCGUGAUCCGGCGGUUUCCGGAGGUGAGGGCGCUGGAGAUGAAGGGGAAGCCGCAUUUUGCUGAUUUCAACCUCGUGCCGGAGGGUUGGGGAGCAUAUGUGCACCCGUGGAUCAGGGCGAUGUCUGCGGCUUAUCCGUUGCUCGAGGAGAUCAAGCUCAAGCGCAUGGUGGUUACGGAUGAGAGCCUAGAGCUGAUCGCGAGAUCGUUUAAGAAUUUCAAAGUUUUGGUGCUCUCGUCUUGCGAGGGGUUUACUACGGAUGGUCUCGCGUCGAUUGCUGCUAAUUGCAGGAAUCUUAGAGAACUAGACUUGAGGGAGAGUGAAGUGGAGGACCUAAGUGGGCACUGGCUUAGCCAUUUUCCUGACAACUGCACCUCACUGGUAUCACUUAACAUGUCUUGCUUAGGCUCAGAGGUGAGUUUCUCUGCCUUGGAGCGCCUGGUUGCGCGGUGCCCUAAUCUGAGGACUCUUCGGCUGAAUCGUGCUGUACCCAUUGAGAAGCUCCCUAACCUACUCCACCGUGCCCCCCAGUUGGUUGAAUUAGGUACUGGUGCCUAUUCAGCUGAGAUUCGGUCUGAUAUCUUCUCAAACUUGGCAGAAGCAUUUUCAGUCUGUAAGCAACUCAAGGGCUUGUCGGGAUUUUGGGAUGUUGUUCCAGCUUUCCUUCCUGCCAUGUAUUCAGUCUGCUCUGGGAUCACUUCACUGAACUUAAGUUAUGCAACAAUUCAAAGUCCUGAUCUUGUCAAGCUAGUUAGCCAGUGUCGAAAUUUGCAGCGCUUAUGGGUUCUGGACUACAUUGAGGACACUGGUCUGGAAGCCCUUGCUGCGUCUUGCAAGGAUCUGCAAGAACUCCGUGUGUUCCCUUCAGAUCCUUUUGGAGCAGAACCUAAUGUGGCUUUGACAGAACAAGGCCUUGUUUCUGUCUCUGAAGGCUGCCCCAAACUCCAGUCUGUUCUAUACUUCUGCCGUCAGAUGUCAAAUGCCGCUCUAGUUACUAUUGCGAGGAAUCGGCCAGAGAUGAUCCGUUUUCGGCUGUGUAUUAUUGAGCCUCAAGCUCCUGAUUACUUGACACUUGAACCACUUGAUGCUGGUUUUGGAGCCAUUGUGGAGAACUGCAAGGAACUAAGACGCCUUUCCAUGUCUGGCCUCCUCACAGAUAAAGUUUUUGAAUAUAUUGGCAACCAUGCUAAGAAAUUGGAGAUGCUUUCUAUAGCUUUCGCGGGGGAUAGUGACUUGGGCCUCCAUCAUGUGUUAUCUGGGUGUGAAAGCCUGCGGAAACUGGAGAUCAGGGACUGUCCAUUUGGGGACAAGGCUCUCUUGGCCAAUGCUGCAAAGCUGGAGACAAUGCGAUCCCUUUGGAUGUCAUCGUGCUCAGUAAGUUUUGGAGCAUGUAAGCUGCUUGGUCAGAAGAUGCCCAGGCUCAAUGUUGAAGUUAUUGACGAGAGAGGACCCCCUGAUUCAAGGCCUGAAAGCUGCCCUGUUGAGAAACUCUAUGUUUACCGAACAGUUGCGGGAAGAAGGGCUGACAUGCCUGGUUUUGUUUGGACGAUGGAUGGAGAUAAAUCGUUGACGUUUUCUUAAGCAACGGUUCGAUCUAGCAAUUGAAAUUCCAUCUGGUUCUUGCUUAUGAUUGAAGCAGGUAUAUGCUUAUGUGCUAAUCAUCAUUCUAUUUUUAUAUCAGAAAGCUUUAUGUGAUUGCAGUGCGAAUGGAAGUGGGAACAAGCCCAGGGAGGUGGAUGAGAGGCUUGGGAGCUCAUAUGCCAUCAAUUUUUGCACUUGGCUGAGCUAUUCGUUGCAAUCCGUCCCUAAUACAGAGGCGAGAACCCUUGUCAUCAUUACAUGUAUGGGGCGGAGGAAUUUGUUUUGCUAGUAACUUGUAUACUAUUAGACUUAUGCAAUCUUUUAGAUGUCUGAUUGUUUUUUGUUUAUACAAGCAAGUACUCAUUUUAUUGAUUUCAAUUGUCAGAUCUUCUUGGUAAUAAACAGUUUAUAUUUACACA